AUGGGAGAAGUCCUUAUGACUGAUGGAGGACGGUUUUCGCUUCCUGGUGACAACAAAAGCAUGAAUCAAAAGAGAAAAAGAAAGAGGAAGAGAAGGCCGGAUUGGGAAGUUAAACAAAAGAAGCCGCGGAAGAAGCCAAAGGAGGAGGAGAAGCGUGUGCAGCAUGAUGUUGUAGAAGUUGUUAAAGAACAGAAGAAGCUGGAUGAGCAACAAAAUGAACAACUAAAGUUUAGUGUCAGCAGAGUUGAGAAAACAGCUGAUAUGAGUAACUUAUGUCCACAAGAAAUUGUGGAAAACGAACAACCUGGAGUUAACCUGCCUCAAAUUUUAAGUCUUGCAGCGCCUCCAGGUUUUGAGUUUAGGGCGGAGGAGGAUGCCACAGCAAAUAAAGCGCAUAACUCCUCGUCGAGUUCUGAGAGACCUGCUGAGGACCAAGUACCUAUAAUGGAUGACUUGUCUGAUGCACUGGAAGAGUCUAAAAAGAGUCCAAAGCAGCAGAGACACACCGGUGAUGAGUCUGUGCUAUCAGAAACUGUUUUGUCCUUGAACCAGAAUGAGCAGCAGAGCGUAGAUACUGAAAGGUUAGAAGUGGAGUCUGUUGCUGAGGAUCUGUUAAAGACUAAGAAGCAACAAAAGGAGCACCGUGGGGGGCAGCAAACAAAUAGGCCAACGCGGACUUUGACAAGGACGCAAAGGAAAGGAACAGUAACUCCAAAGCACCAAUGGAGAGCUCAUCAGAACCCAAGCAGCCGUCCAUUCCAAGAAAAAGGACAAGAACUCAGCUAA